AUGAUGACUAAGUGGAUCAUAUUGUGUUGUGUUGCUUUAUUAGGACUAGACAUUUGUGUUCAAGCAGAAGCAAAAUCUCGCAAGGGUUGUGAUGUAGGUGCCGGAAUGAAACGGCGAGCUAAAAUCCCUGCAUCUUGUAAUGAAGGAGUGAUUUCGUUCGAUUACCCGUGGCUGCAUGAUAAGGAAAGGUCCCUCAUAAUCAACGCCAACCGUCCUUCCGAUGAUUUCGUCCUCUGCAUUUAUAGCUGUACUGAAGAUGUUCUUAUCAAUGGAGAACAGAACGUUUUAAAGAAAGGUGAAACCUGGUGUUUAAAGAACGGACAAAAAGCCACGAUCAAGAAGUCUUCUGUCACGAUGCCGUAUGGAGUCUUAUUCAGAUACUUGGACAAAGCUAACUUAAAGGCUUUCCAAGAUAGACCGAUUAAAAGUUGUAGAAUGAUGACAAGAAGGAUAGCAAUUUGA